AUGGCUAAGGUUUUUUCUCUAAUUGGACGCCUCUCAAACUUCUAUUUACAUAAUAAGCUUUUGUUUUCCUCAGGUGUGCACACAGUCCAGAAUAUGUACGGUUGUGAUUGGGAUGAUGAGACUGGAGCCACAAAUGGUUUUGAUCAGUAUGGAUUUGAUGGAGAAGAUUUCUUGGCUCUGCAUUUGAAGGAAUUGAGAUGGGUUUCCCCGGUGCAGCAAGGAUCCCUAACCCAGCAGAAAUGGAAUGAUGACAAAGCUCAACUUGAGUUUUACAAACAGUACUAUGAGAACCAGUGUAUUGAGUGGCUGAAGAAGUAUUUGCAGUAUGGAAAGAGCAGCCUAGAGAAGACAGUCUCUCCUCAGGUGUCUCUGUUGCAGAAGUCUUCCUCUUCUUCAGUGUUGUGUCAUGCUACAGGUUUUUACCCCAGUGGAGUAACAAUCUCCUGGAUGAAAAAUGGACAAGACCAUUAUGAGAAUGUGGAUCUUGGUGAACCUCUUCCCAAUGAGGACGGAACCUUCCAGAAGACGAGCACCCUCAAAGUAACACCUGAUGAGUGGAAGAACAACGAGUUCAGCUGUGUGGUGGAACAUCAGGGUAAAACCAUCACAGAGAUACUGAAAGAUGAUUCUGUUCCCAUUGGCAUCAUUGUUGCAGUUGUUGUUGCUGUCCUGUUGGUUGUCAGUGGUGUUGUUGGGUUUGUGGUGUAUCGUAAAAAGAAAGGCUUUAAACCUGUUCCUCAGGAACAAUCUGAUGAUGGUUCAAACAAAUCCUAAUGCAUGGAAGAUGAAACCAGAUGAGUAUGAGAGAUGAUGUUGGAAAAAAAAGAAGCUUAUCCUGCUGUACAUCUUGCUUCCAAAACUACAUGUAAACACACACAUGGUGUGAUUGAUCUGUCUUAUAGUUCUACAAUAAUUACAUCUAAAAGUUAAGUUUUUGUUUCUUCACACUGUUCAUCAUUUGGUUUUCAUUCACUUUGUGAACUUGUUCGCUUUAACAAAGAAAUAUGACACAUUGAUCACUGAACCUAAAUUGAAAAAUGUGUACUUCUUUUUAGUGACAAAAAAACAAAACAAAUUAUUUGCAAGAUUGAUUGAUUCGUACAUUUGUGAUAUAUCAGUACUGAUUAUAAAAAAAUAAUUCACUUGUAAUUGGGAUUUUCCAAUCAGUUAAACUACCAAUAUGUAGACUUUGCAUUUUAUUACUUAUAUGAGGUUAAUGGGUUUGUUCUGUAUGUAUAUUUCCUUCAUUUGUGGUUUAAAUGAUUUAGAUAAGCUGUACUACAGAAUAAUUGAUUCUUGUUAAAAUGUAUGUUAAACUUUUACAUGAAUAUCUGAACAGUACAAUAUAAAAUAUAAUUUUAAUAAUAAAGUAAAAUAUAUUUUCCUUUAUUUGAGUAACGUACAUCUAAAUUAAGUUACAUAAAUGUUUUUGUAAAUUGGUUGCCUUCAAUUAUGUGGUUUGAUUCUUUUGAAAUAAACCUCACAAAAAGGAGCAAA